UCACAUGAUCGAGAAGAUGGAGGACGUUUCAGGAAGAAGUGAAAGUAGAAUUUAACAACAUGAUUUGAUGACUAGGUAGACUUAGUUUCACAACUGUAUCAUCAGUUACGUUUUAAAAGAAAUACUUUUGGCGACAUUUUAUUAUGUAACAUACACGAAUGAGCUACAUCAGCGUGUUUUGGAUAUGCAUAUCGAUCACAAAGAGUGUCAUAUGAUACGUAGAAACUAAGACUGCGAUACAUAAAUCCCGUGAUAUCGUUUACCUGUGGUCCCAGUUAUAACGAAGACUUUUGAAGUGUUUCCAGCUGUAUUAGACUAGACUGUACUGUUUACUUGACGUACUCCGUUACUGGUUGACCCAAACAUGGAGGAAGAGGGGCCGGAACCCCUGGGUGCGCGCUCCAGAGUUGUGGACAUAGAGCAACUGACGAAGUGGAAUCUAACACAGCUUCCCGAGUAUAUUGAGUCCAUAGACAGUAAUUCUGGCGAGGAAGUGGAAAUCAGCACACCAUUUCCCUGGAGAAGCGACCUCAACUCUAAAGUCUUGCUUUGGUGUGGUGAUAUAACAUUACUGAAUGUUGAGGCCAUCGUUCACUCAACAAGUGAAAAGUUCCAUAACUCUGCUAACACUCCUACAUCAGAAGAAAUAUACGAGAAUGCCGGGCCUGAACUACUGGCAGACCUAAAGAACAAUAUACGAGUGUGUAAGACGGGUGAAGCCAAGCUGACUAAGGGUUAUAAACUACUGGCCAGGUACAUCAUUCACACAGUUGGGCCUCGCUACAACAUCAAGUAUGUCACUGCCGCAGAGAGUGCCCUAUACAGCUGUUACAGAUAUGUGCUGCGACUGGUGAGGGAGACAAGCAUAAAGAGUGUAGCCCUGACCCCAGCUCAUUCUUCAGGCAGGGGCUAUCCUCCUGAGGACGGAGCACACAUAGCUAUUAGAACUGUUCGAAGAUUUUUAGAAAAGUUUGGUGAUGAAGUGGAAACCAUAGUCUUUCACUGUACAGAAAAUGAUAUGGAAGUGUAUGAGAAGGUCAUGCCCCUGUACUUCCCCCGUAGCAGUAAGGAGGAAGCUAUGGCGUCCUGUAUGUUACCGGAGAAUGUGGGAAACGAGGACGGGGAACCAAUCAUAGCAGAACGACAGAUCAGGAUCAUGGAUAAACCAGCUUUCGCCUCCAUGCGUUGUCAGCGUGAAGAGUUUGAAGAAACCGUUGACCUCAACAAAGAGUUCGCAACCUCCACUGUCCAGGAGGUAGGCAAGCACCCAUUUGCUCAGAUGGAGGAGAAUCCAGAUGAUAUGAGGAAAUCUGCCAUUGUGGGAAAAACAACGGAUGAACAGCGGAUACUUGAAAGUAGACGAAGGUAUGAGAGGCUAAUGAAGCGUGCGAAGACAGAGGACCUGACGGAUAUAGCGGCCUUAAAAUGUCUGUACAGGACUGGUGUGGACAAAUUUGGCCGCCCAGUGGUCAUCUAUGUUGGAAAACACUUUCCUGGAGAGACUGUAAACCUAGAAAAGGCCCUCCUGUACAUGUUGAGGGUGAUGGAGCCGGUUGUGGAGAGUGACUUUGUGGUGGUCUACCUCCAUACACAGACCAACGCCUCUAAUCACCCGCCCAUGAACUACCUUCGCCAGGUGUACAGUCUUCUAGAUCACAAAUACAAAAAGAAUUUAAAAGCCUUCUAUAUAGUUCAUCCCACCUGGUGGUCUAAGCUUGCCACCUGGUUUUUCACGACAUUCACUGCAUCAGACAUCAAGAAUAAGGUGUUCAGUCUGAAAGGUGUCCAGUACCUGUACCGGUCUAUAACACCCGACCAGAUAGAAGUGCCAUUCUUUGUUACCAACUAUGGUAUACAGAUAAAUGGUCCACGGUAUUAUGAGCCCCCUGAGGAUGGCCAGGAAGGAUUGUGAUGAAAGUGUGUACAACAAUGCGAUGUGAGAAAGAAACCAACAACAUUUAAAGUGACCUUUAUAACGAUGCCAAUAUAUGUGAUAUGACUGUGUAUGAUGAGAUAUAAAGGAAAUGGCUCUUAUUAUUACGGUUUGUCCAUAUUAUUGCUCCUUAUUUGUUUUUUAUUGAAAUAUUAUGUUCAAACAAUUACUGUGUUACUUAUCUAAACCAAACCCGAUGUUAUCUUUAUUCCUGUAUUUUACAGGCCUUUAGGGUGGUGCCACAAUCUAUGUGAAUCAAACCUGUUUUAUCCCCAAAGAUAAAUAGCCCCAGUAGUACAUGUAAAUAUAUAAAAUUACUUACUGUACAAGCAUGAAAUUUUGUUGGGGUUAAUUUUUCAUGGAAUUAUCUUUUAAAAAAUCAUUUGUAGUCUGCAUGUGUCUAACAUGACAAAUGUUUCUUAGUUUUAUAAGCCAUAUUAACAAGUUGAUAAUUGAGUAGUCAUCCAAUGCUGACAGGUAAGAGGGACACAUUGAACUUCAGGAGAACAGAAUUGUAAUGCCUUUAAUUCCAUCGUAUUGGAAUGAUCUAUACAGAUCUAGAGUAUCAGUCGGUUAGAACAGACGGUAUUGUAUAACGAUGUAAUUGAUAACGUAUACUCUGUCUCACUUGUUCCUAGUAUAGAUGUAAAACUGGUGUUGAACAAGAAGAGUAACUGUAGCUUGCUUGUCAAAAGUUAAAUUUGAGGCACUGCUGUAAUCCUAGUUUCUAUGCUUGCUGCAUGAGCUAAUUAAACGCUUCCUCCUUUAACUAUUAUAAUUGCCUUCAAUGCAAGCCUUUAAAUGACUAUACUGUUGUAGUUAUCGUCAGUAAAACACACAGACAAUGCGAUUUGGAGGAGAUUUUGGUUUAUUAUUUGACAGUGUUCAUGUUUAAAGACAUAAUAUUAUUUAUCACAUGCAGUUGAGUAUCAACUUAUUAUGUUUAAACCCUUGCCAAGGAUGAUGGCAUUUAAAGAAAACAACUGUGAUAAGAUAUAGCUGAUUGGCAUGACACCACUACUCAAGCAUCCGAGUAAAAUGUUUUUAGGAAUGUUUUUUUGUGUGGUUGAUUUUUGUGAAUUUUCUAAAAAUCCCAAAUAAAAAUGUAUACUUUUACAAUAUAAUACUAUAAGCAUAUUUUGUGUAUUUUCCUUCAGGGGAAAGAUUUAAAAAAAUUAGAUUGGACAUUUGAGAAUAAACUACAGUAAAUUGUUAGCUGUGUUCUUCAUAUGUAUCGUCAUUUCAAAUAACUUAUUCAAGAAGUUAUAUUUAUGUGGGAAAAACAAACACAUGUUCCUUGUUGACAUAACCCAAAUUUACUUAAAACAUGUUUUUACCUAUUUAUAUGAAAAUUCAUUAUUUUUACUUUAAUUAAUAUUAAACUAAUUGUCAUAGGUAAUUAGUGUACAACUAAUUGUCAGAGGUAAUUAAUGUACAACUAAUUGUCAUAGGUAAUUAUUGUACAACUAAUUGUCAUAUGUAAUUAAUGUACAACUAAUUGUCAGAGGUAAUUAAUGUACAACUAAUUGUCAUAGGUAAUUAGUGUACAACUAACAGUGUACCUUGCUUUAUCAAUUCAAUCCUAUGUUUGUAGGUUAUAUAUGUUUUUUUUGUGGAUUAAUUGGACAAUCAUCGUUUAUUAUUGAUCCUAAAAAUGGGCUUUACUGCACGCACACAUUGCUCAGAUUUUUUUAAAUGCAAGUGUAGAGAUUCUAAACAUAAGAUUAUGUACAUGAGGUUGUUAAUAUUUUGGCCAUUAUUCAAUUUGAUUUGAGAUAUAGAUUGUUACAGACACUGUUUAUUUUUUAUAUGUUUUACCGAUUGACAUGUUUAACAGUAACUAUAACAUCAUUAGUAGAGAGUUGGCAGUUUGGUUUACAUGGACCUUUUUGUAGGAAGCUUUGGAUGAUUGUAAAUGAAAGAAGAUGUGCUAUGGUUUAUUAAUAGAUAUUAAAUAGUUCUUCUUAAUAUUUUCAUGAUGACACAUGACAAUUCUUUUUUCAAAAAAAAAUUAAAAGGGUGCAAAGAUGUCUACCCUAAUGCUCCAUCUGACAAUUGGAGAAUUUUGUGACUCCAAGAUUUUAUUUAAGAGUUAAGAUAUGAAAAUGUUCCAUACUUAUGUAUAUGUAAUUAACUUAUACUGUAUAUUGAAAAAUAUAUCCAUGACUGUAAGUUUAAGUACAAAAAUUACUAUAAAUAGUAUUUCUACAGUAGAGGGUGAGUGUUUCACUGGUUGAAAGGUUUCUUUUAUAUAGAAAUGCAAGUAAGUAUACAUGACUUAUAAUAAAUUGUCUUUUAUGAGUAUCAAUGUCCAAAAAUCUAUUUUAAAUAAAAUAGUUCAAUACAGGACUGUAGAGUAGACCAUUGAGCAACAAUACUCAUCACACGGGGAAUACCUCUGUCAGAGUUAUUUCCCUUCUCAUUGCCAGGGGAUACCUCUGGAAGAGUUAUUUCCCUUCUCGUUGCCAGGGGAUACCUCUGUCAGAGUUAUUUCCCUUCUCAUCGCAGGGGAAACCUUUGUCAGAGUUAUUUCCCUUCUCAUUGCCAGGGGAUACCUCUGUCAGAGUUAUUUCCCUUCUCAUUGCAGGGGAUACCUCUGUCAGAGUUAUUUCCCGUCUCAUUGCCAGGGGAUACCUCUGUCAGAGUUAUUUCCCUUCUCAUCGCAGAGGAUACCUUUGUCAGAGUUAUUUCCCUUCUCAUUGCCAGCACGUUGAUCACAUACAUGUAUCAUCAUGGACCUAUAUAUAUAUGUGUGUGUGCACAGGGUUGCAGUUUUAUCAUCAGGAUCAUUUUGUUUAUUGUGAAAAAUAACAUUAUCACUGGAAACGUCUGUUUGUAAAAAAAAAUGUUCAAUUUCUUUUCCAUUCAUUCUGUGUUAACUUUUAUGUUAUGAGUUGUGUAAGCAUCGACGUAGACAGUUUAAGUGUUUAAGUGCUAUUGUUUUACCACCAACAUACAUUGUAUCUAUGCAUUAUUAUGUUUAGUGUUGUAACCAACAAUGUGCUUGUUUAUUCAAGCAAGAGGAAGCAAGUCAACAUACCAACAGAAGGUAGCCCAGUCAAUCUAUGGUAAUGCAACAGAAUUUACUUUAAUUUUUGUCUCAAUGAUGAAUAUCUAUACCAUAACAGAAAAAAAAGUAUACAAAAAUAAAUCUUGAGGAUUUUGUUCGCCCUCAGGUAUCCAGAAACAAAUGAAAAUCACAAAUUUUAUCACGUUUAAAGUGUUAUAUCUACCUCCUGUGUAACAUCGAGUAUGGAAAAUAAAAAGUUUAGCAAGAUCACCUGUAGUACGAAAUUACUUUCACAUAACUUGCUUCGGAUCACUGCAUUAAACAUAUUGAAUUAUAAAUAGACCUAAAAUCAUUCUCCAGUUGAAGAUAUUGGCUUUUGUUGUUAUUUAAAGAAAGAAAAAAUGCUAAAGAUAUAGUUUAUGGUACAUACUGAACAUCGUCUGGAUAGUGUGAAAAAAACAUUAAAAAGUGUUUGAGAUACUCGGUUUCAACAGCCUGUUACGGCCUAUUGAAAGUUAAAUUUCUAAGUAAGCACGAUCAUCGGGUCCUUCAUGUACAGAAAUUUUCAUGUUUAUGUGAAAUUCAGUUUUGAAAUAUACAUGCAAGUUUCGAAAGAGUAGUUAUUAUGACAUGAUGCGGUCUUACGUGAUUAAAUUUCCAUUUUUCUGAAUGCCCCAUAUCGUAUGCAAACGUUAUUAUCCAGCUCACUAACACGGGUUCACCUUGUACAUGUAACAGGCUACCUGAUUGCGCUUUCUGUGAUAUCUCGUAUGGCUUUGUUUUAAUUAUGCUAUUGAUCAGUUUUAAAUAAAAAUAUAGCAACAUAGAAAAUAAUUCAUAUCUUCACUUUGAAGUUUUGUUAGGAGUACUUAAUUAGAUAGCUAGUUCUUAAUUAAAAUGUUGUCGAAUCUGAAAUUGUGUAAAUUCUCAAUUAAAAUGGCGUCAUAUCUGAAAUUAUAUGUGCAUUCAAUAUAAAUAAAUAGCUCUAUGUAUUUAAUGACA